AAUUCCAUUUCUCCUCUAUCCAUCUAUAUCUAAAUUAUAAUAAAAAAAAAUUGAUUUUACUUCUUUCUUUCCCCUUUCUCCUCUUCAAUUUCUUCUCAUUUCGCCUACCUAAGGAAGAAAACUUGUUAUUUUACUGUGUGGGCAAAGAUAUAAGGCCUAACUCAAUGGCCGGUAGACAAAAAUACAACAAAAACGAUGAUCGAUUGCUGAUAUGAGAGUCUAAAAUAUUUAUUACCGAGUAAUCAUACAUUAUAGGGGGGCAGAGAGAGAGAGAGGAAGUUUUGGGUAUGAGAUCAAUGGAAGAGUGGAGCAGCUUUUUUUGUUGUUAUCUUUUGAUGCUAAAACUGGACGGAAUUCGUUCUACUGAUGCACAAGAAAUUAGAGUCGCUUUGUCCUCCACGCUAUACUUUAGCUGGAGUUGAUGAUGUGUUUAAUCCUUUUACGUCUCUCUUUCGCUUGGCUUGCAAUUGCAAACCCCUGAAUUCAGUAGCUUCAUCGUUUCUUCUUUUCUAAUUCAGGUUCUGGGUUUUAGAUCAUCUAAUGCCUAUCAAGCUUUGAUUUCUCGAUCUGGAAAUUGUUUAUUUUGGUCUCUAAUUUUGAUUUUACUUUGGGGCUGCCUCUUUCAAGGCUUCUGCGGCUACACGAUCCCCAUUUCCGAGAUUGAUUAAAAGGACCUUCUGUUAUUUGCCUGUUUAUGCCUUGGCUUUUUUAUUAUCCUGCCAUAUCUAUAGUUGCUUUUUCAUCCAAAGAAUCUUUCAAAAUUCAUCACUUGGCUUAUGACUAACCUAAGGAAGAGAGCAGCUUUGUCUGUGCUGGAUUGAUCAUCAUGUAAUGGAUCAGAAUUUGUAGCUUCAGAGGUCUUCUCUGUAUUAGAACAAUGGAUUUGCACAACAAUUCUCAUCCCGAAUCUGGAAGAUUGGAACAAAUUAUUUCCCAGUUUCUGUUGAAGAGCUUGCAUAUUAUUUUGGACUCUAGAAUUCCUUCUCUUCAUCCGCAUGAUCGUAGUGGUGAUUUUCAAUCCAGUUCUCGGGUGAGAAAGAGUGACAAAUGGUUCAAUUUAGUUCUAGGAGAUCGUCCAGCAGCCUUAGAUAACUUGAAUUUUUGGCAAAGAAAUGUAAUGGACCCCAUGAUAAUUGACAUAAUACUUGUUCGCCGGGGGACUACCUCUUCAUCAGUGGACGAUCUAUACUCUUCUAUGGCUGAUAGGACACCUAUUGAGACAGUUAUGGAAAGGUGGAUAGUUCAGUAUAACACCCAACGGGUUAUGGCUCCCCAAACUGGGGAAAGUUCUGCCUCUUGCAAGAAGAUAUAUAAGAAGUCAACCAUACUUCUCCGUUCCCUUUAUUCGCAAUUGAGGCUUCUACCGGCUCAUCGGAUCUUUCGGCAGCUAAGCUCUUCUAGUCAAACUUAUAAUUUUGAUAUAAUUUACAAGGUUUCUUCAUUUUGUGAACCUUUCUCUUGGUCAGAGGAGGAAAUGAUGAAAGAAUAUAGUUUUAUGCCUGUAGAGGCCCUUCCUGGCCACCUUUCUUUAUCUGUGACUUUCCGUCCAUCACUAUCUGAUUUUAACCUUGAGCCUUUGGCAACAUUCCCACCCAAGAUUAUAACAGAUUAUGUUGGUAGCCCUACCACUGACCCUCUGAGGUCUUUUCCUUCUUCAGAUAGGGGAGAUCGUGCUACAUCCUUUCCACUGAAGGGAAUACGGCCGCUUAUUUCUACUCCUUUUCAACGCCCACAUAGCUGGACAAGUGGCUUUCACAGAGCUGCCCCUUUUAUGGCAAACCAAUCCCUUGGUGGAUCUCCUCCUGCAUACCGAACAUCUCCCAUGCCAUAUAAUUUUCCACAUACUCCAUCAGGUACUUAUGGUCACAGAAUACAAAGCUGUAGACCACCAACUCACCAAAGGGCUACUGGUAAUGAUGAGUAUGAGCUUUCACCUCCAUUCUCACCAUCUAUGUCUCCUUCCACUCCGACAUACUUCUCCAGUGGUAGUCCUUUGCAAACUCGUAUUACUUCAGAAACUGCCCCUGUAACUAUCCCCUUUCCAAAGUCAGGUAGAAGUUCUAGAUACCUUUCUCCAAACUUUUCUGACCCAAGUAAAAAUUCACUUCCACCUUUAUCUCCUAAAAGCACGAGACAUGAUCCUUCAUCACAGGAGUCUCCAUCUGGAAUCCGUUCAAUUAGGAAACCAGAAGCUUUAAGGGCUGGAGAGUUAAACUCUGGCAUAGCGAGUCAUUAUUCUGGUCACAAGAUUCUCAAAGAUGGCAAAGAUGAUUCUGGACGCUUCUCUGGACUGUUAUCUUCUAGUGGCUCACCACAUAUUGGAUUUUCAAGAAGUUCUAGUAGAUUAUCUUUCCAAGAUGACCUAGAUGAUGGUGACUUCUCAUGUCCUUUUGAUGUUGAUGAUGUUGAUACUUCAGAUUCACCUAACAGUCAGAAACUUGAUGGGAAAAAGAAUUUAGAGUCUACUCCACAUUCGUUACUAAUGGGCAAACAAUCUCAAGAUGCUGCUGUUGGUGUUCUUGUGCACAUGCUGAGAACUGCACUUCCUCUACAACAAGAUCCAAGUUGUUACUCGUCUCAUUCUUUGAGGACUGACCUAGAUGAAGGGGUUGCUACUGCCUCUGGGUUCUUUAUGCCUCGGAAAACAGCAGAUGCAUUGGAAGAGCUUAGGAGUUACAGAGAAAUGAAAGACCUGCUACUUUCUAAGAGUGGAACUCGGGUGGCUAGUAAAGAAGAAGCUUAACUACUAAUACUUUGAUGGGUUAUUAUAGAUGAUAGAAAUUGUCCCAAUCUGCACUAUUUACCAUAGCAUCUGACGCUUUUGUGAAGAUAGAUAUAACAAGUUAUGUACGUAUCAUGUUUGUUAGCCAUUAUAGAUACCUGAAAGAAAAACAAAGUAGAAAACAUCUUGAAUGAACAAAAAACAUCCUGAAUGUGCAAAUCCAUAUGGUGCUGGAUUCAGUUACAGAUGCAUUAUUGAAA